GCUUGUGUAUGACGUAGCAGUUAUUUGGUUGAUGGCAAAGCUUUCAGCUGCAACGCAGGUUUGAUUUACCUAGUCAAAGCCCUGGGUCAUAAUUCGAAUAUUUCAAUUUAAGGAAUAUGGGCAGAGAGUCAAGACAUUACAGGAAGCGUUCGGCCUCCAGAGGGAGGUCGGCAAGCCGAUCACACAGCCGCUCACCCGACAAGCGCUCCAAGAAAGACGAGAAGGGUGCCGCCAGGAACCGAGACCGCAACAGGCGGGAGCGCUCUCGCAGCAGAGACCGCCGGAGGUCACGCUCCAGAGACAGGAAACGCCAAAGGCGCUCCAGGAGUCGCGAGAGGCGCAGGUCCCGCAGCCGAGAGCGGAGGAGGUCCAGGAGCAGGAGCAGGAGCAGGAGCCGCUCCCGUAGCAGGAGCAGGGGGCGGAGGUCACGAUCAGCCAGCCCUAGCAAGAGCAGGAAGGCCGAGGAAAGCAAGGAGAAAUCCAACAAUGGGGAAUCCACAGGUGAAAAGAAAAAAGUGAAAGAGGAAAAAGAGGAAGAGAAGAUUGAAGACCAAGACUUUGAUCAGAACACUCUGGAGGAGGAGAUGAGGAAGAGGAAGGAGCGGGUGGAGAAGUGGCGUGAGGAGCAGAGGAAGAGGGCCAUCGUGAACAUCGGGGAGAUCAAGAAGGAGCUGGAGGAGAUGAAACAGGGCAAGAAGUGGAGUCUGGAGGAUGACGAUGAUGACGAUGAGGAGGCCUUAGCUCCGCCAGAGAUAGACGAGGAGGAGGAGAAAGAGGAAGAGGAGAAGAAUAAGCCGCCAGAGAAAAAGCUCAAAGUGGAGGAUGAUGAUGAUGAUGAGCUGGAGGUGGAAAAGGAAAAGGUGAAGAAGGAGAAGGAAGAGGAGAAGGAAGAGGAGAAGGAAGAGGAGAAGCCGGAGGCCAUGGAGGAGGAGGCCGAGGACGAGGUGGACCCUCUGGAUGCCUACAUGGAGGAGGUGAAGGAGGAGGUCAAGAAGUUCAACAUGGGCACCAUGAGGGGCAAGAACGAUAGCAAGCCCCAGAAGGGAGGCAUGGUGACUAAAGUAGUGACUGUGGUGAAGACCAAGAAGAUGCCCCAGACCCACAAGAAGAAGGGAGAGCUGAUGAUAAACGACCAGGAUGCAAUGGAGUACUCGUCAGAGGAGGAAGAAGUCGACCUGGCCACGGCCCUGACUGGAUUCCAGACCAAGCAGAGGAAGGUUCUAGAACCCGUGGACCACCAGAAGAUCCAGUACGAGCCGUACCGCAAGAACUUCUACGUGGAGGUCCCAGAACUGGCCAAAAUGACACCCGAGGAGGUGAAUGAGUACCGUCUUGAUCUUGAGGGUAUUACGGUGAAGGGAAAAGGCUGCCCCAAGCCCAUCAAGACCUGGGUGCAGUGUGGCACCUCCAAGAAGGUCUUCAAUGCUCUCAAGAAACACAGCUAUGAGAAGCCCACCCCGAUUCAGGCGCAGGCUAUCCCAGCGAUCAUGUCUGGGCGAGAUAUGAUUGGCAUCGCCAAAACAGGGAGUGGGAAGACCAUCGCAUUCCUCCUGCCCAUGUUCCGCCACAUCAUGGACCAGAGGCCCCUGGAGGAGGGAGAGGGCCCUCUUGCGGUCAUCAUGACGCCCACCCGAGAGCUGGCACUGCAGAUCACCAAAGAGUGCAAGAAGUUCUCCAAGCCUCUUGGACUGCGAGUGGUGUGCGUGUACGGGGGAACAGGCAUCAGUGAGCAGAUUGCUGAGCUGAAGAGGGGGGCGGAGAUCAUUGUGUGUACUCCCGGGAGGAUGAUUGACAUGUUGGGAGCCAAUAGCGGCCGAGUCACAAACCUGCGCAGGGUCACGUAUGUGGUGGUGGAUGAAGCUGACAGGAUGUUCGACAUGGGCUUUGAGCCACAGGUGAUGCGUAUUGUGGAUAAUGUGCGUCCGGAUCGUCAGACGGUGAUGUUCUCGGCCACGUUUCCGCGUGCCAUGGAAGCCCUGGCCAGACGCAUCCUCACCAAACCCAUUGAGGUGCAGGUGGGGGGCAGGAGCGUUGUCUGCUCCGACGUGGAACAGCACGUGAUUGUGAUUGAGGAGGAUAAGAAGUUCCUGAAGCUGCUGGAGAUCCUGGGCCACUACCAGGAGAAGGGCUCCGUCAUCAUCUUUGUGGACAAGCAGGAGCAUGCUGAUGGGCUCCUGAAGGACCUCAUGAAGGCAUCAUACCCCUGCUUGUCUCUACACGGAGGCAUCGACCAGUACGACCGAGACAGCAUCAUAAACGACUUCAAGAGUGGCGCGUGUCGUCUGAUGGUGGCCACGUCUGUGGCAGCGCGAGGCCUGGACGUCAAGCAGCUCAUCCUGGUGGUCAACUACAACUGCCCCAACCACUACGAAGACUACGUCCACAGAGUGGGACGCACGGGCCGAGCAGGGAACAAGGGCUUUUCGUAUACGUUCAUCACGAGUGAACAGUCUCGCUACGCAGGUGACAUCAUCAAGGCUCUGGAACUCUCCGGCUCUAAAGUUCCACCUGACCUGGAAAGACUUUGGGGCUCCUUUAAAGACCAACAGAAGGCGGAAGGGAAGGCCAUCAAGGCCAGCAGCGGCUUCUCUGGAAAGGGCUUCAAGUUUGACGAGACGGAGCAGGCGCUGGCCAACGAGCGCAAGAAGCUGCAGAAGGCGGCCCUGGGGCUUCAGGACUCCGAUGAGGAGGAUGCGGCACUCGAUAUUGACGAACAGAUCGAGAGCAUGUUCAACUCCAAGAAGAGGGUGAAGGACCUGUCGGCCCCCGGAGGAAGCGGGGGCUCCGCGGCGGCCCAGCAGGCUGCUGCUGCGGCUGCCAACCUGGGCAGCCUGACGGGUCUGGCCAUGCCCUCUGCCGGAAACAUCCAGAAGCUGGAGAUCGCCAAGAGGCUGGCGCUCAGGAUCAACGCCCAGAAAAACCUGGGGGCGGAAGCUCAGGACGUGAUGCAGCAGGCCACCAAUGCCAUCCUGCGCGGUGGCACCAUGAUCGCGCCGUCCGUGUCAGCAAAGACCAUCGCGGAGCAGCUGGCAGAGAAGAUCAACGCCAAGUUGAACUACACGCCCGUGGAGAAACUGGAAGAGGAGAGGCAGGCGGCCGAGCAGGCCGAGAGCAUCACACGCUACGAGGAGGAGCUGGAGAUCAACGACUUCCCUCAGACGGCGAGGUGGAAGGUGACGUCCAAAGAGGCUCUGCAGAGGAUCGGGGAGUAUUCGGAGGCCGCCAUCACCAUCAGAGGCACAUACUUCCCCCCUGGAAAGGAGCCUAAGGAGGGAGAGCGCAAGAUCUACCUGGCCAUCGAGAGUGCCAGUGAGCUGGCCGUACAGAAAGCUAAAGCGGAGAUCACAAGGUUGAUUAAAGAAGAGCUUAUUCGUCUGCAAAACUCCUACCAGCCAACCAGCAAAGGCAGAUACAAGGUUCUCUAGUGGGCGAGCGCUGCGAGAAGACGAUGGGAACAAGCUGUCUUUUCUGCUGUUUUAUUCAGUGUACAUUUUUAGAAUUUGGAUUCAUACGAUUCCUACAGUACUUCUCUAGCCGACUUCGUGUGUUUUAUUGAAGAUUAAAUCUAAUUUGAUGUCCAUGUUUUUUGCCAUACAGUCUUAUUGUUUCUGCUACGAUUUGGGAUGUGAAUUAGGUUUGUCAUUUAGAAUGCAAAAGGCAUUUAUGAAAAUGCAGUUUGUUCAAAACUCAUCUGACAACAACGAUCAAGGAAUACAAAAAAUGAAUGUUGGUUGUCUGUGUUGUUCCAUGUGAAAUUUUGUUUCUUCUUUUUUUCUCGCUUUUUUAUUUUAUUUUUCCUGGUUUGACCUUUUAUGCCAAUUUUACAUGCUCAAUGUCAGUCCGUCAACACCUUCAUCAAAUAAAUUGAAUAUGCUUUGGGA